UUGUUUAUAUAAGAAUAGAACAUUUAUUUAUUGUUUAUUACCGUUAAAUUGUCCGUUAUUAAAAUGGAAUACCAAAAUAUUUCGAUUAAAAGUGCCGUCGGAAAUUUAUUGGAUUUCAAAUCGAAAGAGGACUACGUUGACAAAUGGUUUCUAAUGGAAUCUCCUAUACCCAUAUUAGCGAUAUGGAUAACCUAUGUACUAUUUGUUUUGAAAAUUGGACCAGAAACUAUGAAGAAACGCGAGGCAUUCAGUUUGAGGAAUGUGAUUAUAUUAUACAACACUUUACAAGUGGCUGUCUCUAUAUUCAUCUUUAAUAUGGGUAUGUCUUUACUGCAUCCUGUUGGGUAUGUGCACGUCACAUGCGUCCGCGAUGACGUCAUGACGCGAAACAUUUCCUGGGGCAUCUACUUGUACUUUUUGGCCAAAUUGUCGGAACUCCUCGACACAGUUUUCUUCGUCCUCCGCAAGAAACAGAACCAAGUGUCAUUCCUCCAUAUAUACCACCACAGCAUAAUGCUGUGGUUGACCUGGCUUACUUUGAAAUUUGAACCUACGUACAGCACAACCUUCUUGGGAACUUUGAAUACAUUUGUCCACAUUAUAAUGUAUACUUACUAUGGAUUGUCUGCAUUUCCAUCGAUUGCGAAAUUCUUGUGGUGGAAGAAAUAUAUCACGUUAUUGCAACUGACACAAUUCGUUUUGGUACUCAUACAUACACUGGCAAAUUAUGCGUUCACUGAUUGUCCACCGUCAUACAUAUUGCUAUAUGCAAUAUUAGGUAAUGGUUUACUAUUCAUAUACCUAUUUGCAGACUUCUAUAUGAAAUCGUAUAAAUCAAAGGAUAAUGAAAUGAAGAAAUCGAACAAAAGCAUAAAAAAUGGAUUAGAAAAACAGGAAAAUGGAGUUAGAAAAGAAAAUUAUUGUGUUAGAAACUGUACAAGUUGUGAUGGAAUUGCUAAGAAAACUCAUUAGAUUUUAAAUAAUUUGUUAUUGUAUAAGAAUU